AUCAAUAAAGUACUUUGUUGAAUAUUAUUGAAGUAAUUGAAGAUUGUGAAUUAGAUCAUUUACUAUUUAGUUAGAAUAUGUAUAUAUAUUGAUAUAUUUAAUAAAAUCUACCUUUACUAAUAAUAAUUUCGUACGAGUUGUAGUACGACAAUUAAGACAUUGAAAUUAAACAUUCAAUAAGAAUUUUAAAAGUAUGUCACUAAUCGAUAAAUUACAAGAGCCUGAUGACAACAUACCAUUGGCCGAUGAGGACACACAAGUGAUUAUUAACGAUGAUGAUCCACAUCAACAUAUGCCAAAUGGGCAUUCGAUGGAUUCGCUCCGCUCGUCAUUUACUAACCGCAGCUCCACCCCUGAUUCAUCACACAAUUCAUUAGAAGUAGAUGUAAGUCCCGAUGAGAAGGAAGAAAAAGCUCGCCUUAUUACACAAGUAUUGGAACUGCAAAAUACACUCGACGAUCUUUCACAGCGUGUUGAUUCUGUAAAGGAAGAAAACUUAAAAUUACGUUCUGAGAAUCAAGUGCUUGGACAAUAUAUAGAGAAUUUAAUGUCAGCUUCCUCUGUAUUUCAGUCAACAAGUCCAAAUGCAAAAAAGAAGUAAAACAUUAACAGGACUAAUAAUAGUCCCUUAAGCGGUUCGAUUGGGCUUAAAAAUAUUUUUUUUUUUUACAUUGCUGAGUUGUAAGUGUUCCGCUCUUGAUAUUCAAAUAAUCUAGUGUAAUUUCUAUAAGUUUAUUUCAUCAAUUUUUCCUUACAUUAUUSAUUAGUUUUUAGCAAAAAAAUGUUUCUUAUCAAUUAAAAACAUUUAUAGCAAACAGUACGUAGCGCUUUGCACACAUUUACUUCGCGAUACCAAAUAAAAUGCCUUUAUCUGAACAAUAGUUUUUAUUAAA